AGUAGUCACGCUGCCUUCGGGUCCCCCUGGGAGACAAGUGAAAAUGAAAUGUAGUCCUAAAACUAAAUAAUAUAAGUCGUCAGAUGUUAUCGAUACCAUUCACUUUAACUUCUAUGGCACUGUAUAUUAAACACCGGGAUAAUCAGGCUUUACUGGCUAAUGAUUUGUAAUCACAAAAAGAGUAAUCACAGAAAUAGCUAAACCUAACGUCAGUCUUGACCCUCGGCUUCUGCCGUACUUCCACGCUCUUCGUGUCUGUGAAUGAGGUGCAGCAGACUUACCAGCUCAUGUCGCUUGUCAAGCAGCCUGGCGGUGAGAGCCAGAGGCCCUGCGUGCUGCUGUUGGACAGUAGAGCACACUGGCUUAUCAAGCAUGAUGGAGGCCUUAAAGGUGCGACUUGACUUCCAGAGCCCCAUCAUACAAGUCGAGGCGGUGAGAAAGCUUGUUGCUGCUGUGCUGAGGGAGAAAAGCCAGACUGGACAAAUCAGCCUGUCCUCCACGCAGGGCUCGGCACUGGAGACUCUGUGGGAGCGGUGCUGCGGCGACUGCGCCGUGGUGCGUUCGGCCUGCUGUGACGCCGUCGUGCUGCUGGUGGACCAAGGCCACGCCGACCCGCAGCAGGUCCUCAACGGCGUCCUCAACCUGCUGCCUUCCGCACGGAACGUCCACGGGUUGGUUCAAGUCGUGGCGAAGCUGCUCCAGAUGCAGGCGGACCGCCGGGACCGCGACGCAGGCUUCACUUGUCCUUACGGGAUCAGGAAUAGUCCCCACCCAUACAUAACAGCCCUGGAGAACCGUCCGGACUGCUGGACCGCCAUUCUGGCCGCGAUCGCUGAGUUUGUUCAGCAGGCUGUUGACAGAAAUGAGCCCGCCUACGUGGCCAUGCUGGUCCCCUUCCUACGCUACCUCUACUGCCAACCCGAGAGGCGGUCCGAGCACGGCUUCCUCCGACAGGGCCUCCUGCGGACGCUGCUCCCCGCAAAUGCGAUCGGCGCGCCCGCCCCUCAGAACAAAGAGCGGGAGGAGGACGAGGAUUCGCCGGCGUUCGACAGCCUGCUCCGGUGCCUCUGCCGGCUGGUGCCGCACAUGCCGGUGGACUGUGUGGAGACGGUGCUGGAGCUGCACUGGAUGAUCGGCGCCCUGCUUCCCAGUCUGUCCGUGAAGCGCCGAGAACCGUGGAGGAGCGAGAGGCUGCGUCACCUGCUCCAGCUGCUCUGCGCCUGUCAGCGCUGCCUCAGCUUCAGCGGAGACUGUCGACCUCUCGUAGGCUUGAUGACGGAGCUCGUCCCGACGUGCCGACAGGAGCUGCCUUUUGAUGAGCUGUUAAUGGGUGUAGCCUUGCUCCUGUUUGAGGCCCCCGCAGCACAGCAGAGUAGCCUGCUCAGUCUAGUGCUAACUUUAGUGCCCGAGCACACUGAGCUCUCUCAGUGGUUGAGUCCGGUCCUGGUUCUUCCCGUGCUGCAGCUCCUGUCCUGUUCGGAUCUCACCGAGCCGCUCGCAGAGCGAGACACGCAUGAGCUCAACCAGAAGCUAGCUCAGCGCGUGCUACACAGCGUCACCGGGCAGGCCGCUAAACCCCAACAGUCUUAUCUACCAGAGGCGCUUCUUCUCACUCCCUGGUUCAGCGAAGUGAGGGUGGCCGUGUCCACCCUACGCCAAGCGGUCCAUCAUCCAUCGGCGGCCGUCGACUGGCUCCUCUCGUUCACCUCGGCUCAGUCGUCAAACCAGCGCCUGCCUUGCUCCCUCGCCCUCAUGGUCACCCACCUCCUCCUCACGGGUCAGGACGACGUUUGCCGGUUGGCUUUGGACGCCGUUCGGGCCAUUGCGGCCGCCGACCCCCACCAGGUCCCAUCUCUUCUUCCGGUGCUGCUGUUCAAGCUGGGGAAAGAAAAGGAUCCAAGCCUGACUCACGCGGUGCUCGACUGCCUGCCAAACCUCGGCACCCACAAGCUCUGUGUGCCCACGAUCCUGCAGACUCUCGGCACGCUCGCGAGCAGCCUCAAACUCAAAGCCGUGGCCAUGCGGCUCACUGCUGCCCUUUGGAAGAAAGAGGACCGCGUUUACCCCGAGCUUCAGCGUCUGCUGGCUCAGCCGGACAACAGGGUGGUGAUGGGGAGGGAAACCCAGUGGGAGCAAGUGCUGGCCCGAGCGGCCUGUCUUCGUGACAUCUGUCGAGAGAGGCCUUACCAGCACGCAAGUGACAUGUUGGCCGCCAUCGCGUUGACUUUGAAGCAGUGCAGCAGAGACGACCAGGUGACCCCCGCGGUGCUCGCCCUGCAGGGCCUGCAGGAGCUGUGCCGUGCAGAGGUAGUGGACAUCGUGUCGACAUGGAAAAGUCUCGGACCGGAAUUGAGGUGUGACUCUCGUCCACCGAUGGUCAAGGCCGUGUCGCAGCUUCUGGCUCUGGUUCCCCAACUCGCCGUCAAGUCCGAGGAGUAUCAGAAACUGAAGGAGGAAGCAGUCGGCUUUCUAUGGCAUUAUGCUGUCAACAAGGAUCCAGAGGUAGCCAGCUGUGGCUUUCGGGCCUUGGCAGACUUCCCGGAAGAGGUUCACACAAUAAAUCAUCUCCCCGAGGCAGCCAGGCCUGCCGUGAAGCCGCCUGAGCCUGCGCACGAGGAUGAGGGCGAGGAGGAAGAGAAGGAUUUCUCCGUUGCGGGUUCAUCGUAUGUCAAGUUGCUGACGCUCACCCCCUCGCCUGCGCUAGCAGCCUUGGAGCUUUUCCUGACAUCGCUCAUCAAGCAGGAGACGAGCCAGAUGCCGCGGGGGGUGUACUUUUCCGCCCUGCGGGGAGGCGGCCUGCGUUCGGACCAGGGUAAAACUAUGGCCGGCAUCCCGGCCUUCAUGCUGAAGUCCUACGAGAAGAACAAGCAGCCGGGGCUCAAGGCAGGGCUAGCAGCUGGCCUGUUGCUUUGCUAUGAGCUACCGCAGCAGACGGAUCGCGCCGGGCGACCCUUGCGCCGCCUCCUUCUCAGCCGCAGCCGCAGCUAUCAGCAAACCAUGACCGCCCUCAUUCAUGAGGUGAACAUUCAGCCGUCCGAAUGGCACCGCGCGCUGCUCCUGCCUCAGGCGUGGCGCAGUUUCAUGAAUCAUACUUUCCACGCAGUCCUCGAGGGUCGACGGGCUGAUCUGGAAACGCAGCGCCAAAAAGACCAAGAGGACGCGGAAGCGCUGCAGUACAACCACCAUUACGCCUGGCUGUGGGCCAGAGAUCACUUAACGGAUACGAUCAGAGGUGCAACGAAGGAUAGUCCCGUUGUCCAGGGAAACUCCAUUCUGGCACUGAGCGCCCUGGCUGCCGCCCUGGCGAAAUACGAGCGCAACCUUCCUGCCGAGAACGACGCCGGCCUCCGAGCUGGACCGGAGAUGGUGCCCACCAGCAGCUGGUUGGCGAUGGUGCUUGACACCCUGCUCAGCAUCGUCAGCAGUGGCUACAAAGCCAAAGGUCAAGUGUUUCCUUGGUACCUGCACCGCUCCUAUUCGGGCGAGAACACGGCGAGCGCCAUCGCUCGCUCCUGCGCCAGCCUGGCGCUGUCCCUGCUGGUGCCGGUGCUGAUUCUGUGGCAUCAAGACGGCCUGAAGCGGGUCCUGUCGGCGCUGCGGGCCGGCCUGCCCGGGUCGCCCACCGCCGACGACUCUCAGGCCAUUCGCUUCCACUCGGGCCUGGCUCUCGGCAUGGUGCUGUCCGCCGCGCAUCGGCGGCACCUCGGUGACGACCCCGCUCAGAAGGACGGCGAUCUCCUCCUCGACGCUCUCGCGGCUCUGGAAGCGUGCUCUUUCGACACCGAUGCGGAAUACAACACGGGCUGCGUGUUGGGUCUGGCGCUGGCGCUUUCGGCUCUCUGCGGCGGUGGGCCGGCGCAGCAGCGCGUCCGCGCCGUCCUAACACUGGACAAGCUCCUGAGCGCCCUGCAGGACAGCGGCGGACAAGGACGCAUGAUGCAAGAGGUUUUGGCGUACUCGGUGGCGUGCGUCAGCGUGUCGGCCUUCAGCGCGGGCGUCAUCGAUCCCGAAAAGGCGGAGCAGGUGGUGGCGACGCUGCGCGCCUUGACCGAGGAGAGCCAGCAGACUCCCGGCUUGUCCAUGGCGCUGGGCCUGGCGGUGCACGGCCUGUCUCUGUGCGGCCACGGCAAAGCGGAGGACCUCCAGCCUCGUCUCCUGGCCGCCUGGCUCAAGAUUUUGCUGGCCGAGGGGUGCCCCACCAUGCAGCGCCUGGCCGCCGUUAACGGCCUGGUGGCUUUAGUGGGAUCCGAGAGUUACCUCAUUCAGCUCAAGAGCGAACUGGAGCUUUCCUCCAACCAGCAGAGCCGACUGAACGAGGUCCUUCGGGCCAUCUCGCAGAUCGUAAGCUUCUCGGGAGCGAUCGGCUUGCAGUCCAACUGCGCCUGCCUGAUGGGCCACUUGCAUUUGUCGCACACGUUCGCCAGUCACAGUCACGCAGCAGUGCCUCCGGAUUUUGGUUACCUGGCGGAGAAAAGUGUCAUCAGGGCCGUGGUGGACUUGCUCACGGAGGCGGGAAAGAAAGGUCCGGAGUUUGCCCCUCCAAGCGUGGUCCAAACCGCCCUGAGACCUCUGGCCUCAGUGGGAACGGCGUUCCAGUACCCGCCCGUCAACUGGAGCGGGAUCCUGUCCCCUCUGAUGCGACUCAGUUUUGGUGAGGAGGUUCAGCAUCAAUGUGUGGCAUUGGCUGCAGCUCAAGCUCAGUAUUCCCAGAGUGCUUCGCUCUUUUUGGGCUCCUGGCUGUCCUCGCCUCUCGUGUACAGCCUCAGUUCCCAGACUAGGGCCCUCCUGUACGACAACCUCUCCUCGUGGAUGAAGCACGUCCCCGAGGACAAGCUCCAGUUCUUCGUGGAGACUCUCGGCCCGCAGACCUUUCGGGAGGAUUUGGAGGCCCGGCAUCUCUCCCUGCGGGGCUCCCUGCUGCGGGGCCUCACGCAGGCCAUGGCCGCGCCCGACCCACCCAGCGCCUGCUGGGCCGCCCUGUCUUCCGCCACCGAGAAGAUCUUCGGCCUUCUGCCCAACCAGAUCAAGGAUACGGAAGUGGAUUAUUAUGUGGGAGUGGCCGACUGUUUGUCUGAGAUGUCCGAUACGGAGAUUGACCGCAUCGCGGGUGUCACAGAGACACAGAUGGAGAAAACCUGCUUCGUCUUAGCUUGCCUGGCAUCUCGGGGGAGGAUUCCCCUGCUGGCUCUGAAUGACGUCAUCGCCGGCGUGCUCCGUGGUUGGCCGAGCCACCGGGUGGGCUGGAUCCUCCUGCAGACAUUCUACCAGUGUCGCCUGGCCGCCAGUGUCAAUACAGACGUUUCCAAGCGAAUGGAGUGGCUGCUGGAGCUGAUGGGACUCAUCCGGAAUGUCGCCUACGGCGCCACCGCGGACGCGUGUGGGAACACCAAACAGUCCACAGACUUCCUGUUCCAAGUCUUUGCCGCCGCCGUCGUUUCCUGGGGCGACCUUUCCGUCCCCCUCCUGCUGGGCGUCAGGUGGCGCUGGUUCCCGUGGAGCACGGCCUCCAAGCCCGCCGCCCUCACGCACGCCCUGUACGGCGCCGAGUCGCUGACGGAGGGCGCCCUGCCGCGAUGCCUGCUGGGACUGCCCCGCAGCUUGCCGCCGCUUCUACACAAAGAACCCUGGAACCGCCACGCGCACAAGUUCAUAGAGUGGCUUCUCAGUCUUGUGGAGGGACCCGAACAAAGUCUGUCGGCGGCAACCGUGGACGCAGCUCGCGCGGCUCUGUUGGCCCUGCGGAGCUCCCCCGAGUUCAAGAAGAAGUCGGUGUGGACCCGAGCGUAUGGCUGGUAAUCAAAUCCUCAGCAAGCCGUCCACUCACGCUUCGUCUUACCCAACCCAAGGAGAGGCAGCGACACCCCGAGGACAAGCGGCCAAGAUGUUGAGCUCCCUUGGCGGCGCGCUUCCUGCUCCGUGUGACUCAUCGCGUGGCAUAUCGUCACCCCUGUUGGAAGCAGAAGCCGCUUUCAUUUUGCAUCCUUCACAAUUGACUCCUUGACCAGGUAUUACGGUCGACCUCCAGCGUAGCUCGUCCUCAAGUUCACAAUCUCACCAAAAGUCAAGUU